CUAAUUUUAAGCUACUUCAAGUGGAAUAACCAGAAAAUGCUGAUUACAUUUUAUAUACUACUGAUGCUCAGAGUUGGGCGAUGCACAGAUGAGCAGUUCUUUGAGACAAAGACUGUUCAACUUGGAGAUAAUGUGAACCUGCCGUGUACCCGCAAGUCUACGGGAACCUUGUUUUGGAUCAGGCUAGUUCCUGGACAUGCAGCUGAAGUCUUGGCAAGAACAUUUAGCUUCAUGACUGGUGAUCCUCACAUUACAGCCAGGGAGGAGCCUGGAAAAUUUGUUCUGCAUAUUGCAAAAGCAAAGCAAAGUGAUACAGCGGUUUACUACUGUGCGAAAAUACAACACAAAAACUUAACUUUUUUAAAAGGAAUAGACCUGACAAUUAUUGGUAAAUACGACAAAAAAGAAUCAGAACCUGGUAUCACUGCUGUCCCUCCAUACACAGAAAACUCUGUGUCUCUCUGGUGUUCAGUCCUCUCCGACUCUGAAAACGAAACGUGUCCAAAUGAAAAGUGUGUGUGCUAUUUUAGAGCUGGAUCACAAAGAUCUCACCCAAGUAUUAUUUAUCCUCAAGGAAACAGCACUUGUGAAUAUGAAAGGAACCCUGAGGUGGUCUCAACAAAGAAACGUGUCUUCCCCUUCUCAAAGAACAUCAGCUUCUCUGAUGCUGGGACUUGUUACUGUGCUGUUGCCACAUGUGGAACAGUUAAAGGAUCGAAACUUUAUACUGAAGCAGUAAACGUUUGCCAUUCCCAGAGGGACAAUACAGUCCUCUUUCUGUUGUGUGCUGCUUUGGCUAUAAGUCUGAUUGUUAUAGCCUUUCUCAUUUUUUCAAACAAGAAGCUCAAGAAAAACUCUAAGGGUUGUUACGCUACUGUCGAUCUGCAAACAGAUACAAAAGCCAGUGGUUGUCAGGAAAGUCAACAGAUGGGGAAUCAUUGGUUUAUUCUGCAGUCAUUUUCCCCAGUACGAAAGUUAACAAAACAGGGACAAGGGAAACAAAGACAGCAGAAGAAGAGAGUAUCUACACUGAUGUCAGAGCUCUUGAGUUGGAUUAAUAGUCUCAACUUUGCAUUUGUUACUCGAAUAUAUGUCUUUGUUGUUGUUUUUUUUUUUAAAUCAUCUUUUGUUUUGAAAUUGUAUUUACAUGUUUUGUAAAGGAAAUGAAUCGUGACACCAAAUAACUAAAUAUAGUAUAAUAGUUAAGCUUUCGGCAAUAGACCUAGGCGGUGUGGCUCACAUAAGUGUAAACAUGAAUUGUUCAUUGUGGAGUUUUUAUCAAAGUUGUGAAAUGUAUGCCCUUUUGUAUAUGUGUAUAUGUAUUUUUAAGUCUGUAAAUUUCUUCCAUGACUCACAUCUAUGUACCAAGGCCAUGAUAAGGUAAUGUACUGAUAGGAAAUGGUGGGCGUGUAGUUUCACCUUUCUUAGUAGGUCAGUAUAUAUAAUGACAAGAUGAUUCC